AAACAAUAUCAAUAUAAAUCAUAAGGAUUACCAGCAACAAAGUUACAGUCAUACAGUCAUAAGUGGAAGGAGAUGGGUGAUGGGAACGAUGAGAAGAUUAAUAGUAGUGCAGAUUUAGUAAAUAGUUUGACAGUGUUGAGGGAAUUAUUUGUUUAGCAGAGUGAUGAGUUCGGGGAGGGGGAACUGUUCUUGUGUCUAGUUGUUCUGGAGUGCAGUGCUCUAUAGCGUCAUUUCGCUGGUAGGAGUUGAAACAGUUUAUGUCCAGGAUGUGAGAGAUCUGUAAAUAUUUUCACAGCCCUCUUUGAUUCAUGCAGUAUACAGGUCCUCAAUGGAAGGCAGGUGUACACCUACAAAGGUUGUACAUCAUCCAACAGGAAGUGAAACUAUCAAUUAUGAUGUAAAAAAGUUUGGUUCACCUUUGCCAGUAAAAGUUGUAGAGGCUUUGAGAAUGGCUGAUGCUGAAGAUGAUUUGAGUAUGCUGCUAGAUGAAAGUGGAUGGGCUUGGCUAGUCCAUAAAGAUAGACUAAUUAUUUGGAAGAUUGGUCAAUCAUCAGUUGCUAAGUGUUCUAUAUGCAAAGAACUUCAGUUGCCACCAAGUGACUAUAUUUGGACUGCACAUCUGGUAGCAGUAUGCUGCCUUAAUGUUCCUGGUGAAGCAUCUUCUUUACAGUCCCUUGUGGUAAUGGCGGCCACUCGUGAAGGAACAAUACGUUACUGGCCCAGUCUUGUGCACGAAAGUUCCUAUACUGAGACGAAUAUGGAUUUUGGCGGUGCUCUUUAUAAUUUUCUUACAGCUGUAAAGGGUGGAAGCUUUAUUUUAUCCUCAGCAAGGAGUCAGUUUAUCCGACUUACACCUGAUAGCAGUGGCAAGAUUUACCAACAUGGCUUAGCUCAAGGACAAGGCAUGUUUUCUGGAAUAGGUAGAAAAGUUUCUUCACUCCUUGGGAUUCUGUCACCUAGUAACGAUGAAGAACUUUCUAGUGUUCUUUGGGAUGAAGAUGACUCAAGAUUUUAUGCCAUGACCAACUCAAAUCUUUAUAAAUGGGAAAUAGAAGACAAUGCAGAACGUCAAGUUCUCAGCUGGGAUAUAAACAGAGUACUUAAAGAAAAUAUCAUGGAAUCAAUAUGGGGCUCAGAAAGCAAUUACGGAGACAUUAAAGAAGAUAUUAAUGUGGAAUAUUUGGAUUUGCAGCAAAAUUGUGAUGGACUAGUUAUUUUGGCUGCAGCCUGGCAUCUUGGUGACACUCCCUGCCUUGUUUACUAUACUUUGAUAACUGUAGAAGAUAAUGGUUAUCCCACAUCUGAUAACAUGAUUGUAGAGGUCACGCAAUAUAACCCACCUUUUCAGCCUGAAGAACCAAUGUGUCAUUUAAUAGUCCCAGAUUUUUCCAGCCAUUUUGCCUGUCUUUAUACUGAAAAUGAGGUAUUUGCUUGUUCAACCGGAACAGGAAGAACCUCUUUGCCACAGGAGAAAAUUAUUUUCAGUGCCCAGGGUGAUAAAAUUUUAGGAGCAGGUUGUUCUGCUCAAUUACCCAUAUUUUUUGUUCAGAAAAGUGGACUUGUAACUAUAUGUUCCAAGGAAACCACUUCUUUACUUCCUGAAGACAUUGAGGAUUCUUUAGCCUGUUCUGUAGCUGAGCCCAAUGAUGAGAGCGUUGGUUUUGAUGCCUCUUCUAGAAUGGAUAUUGUAGCUCAAGAAGAUAAAACUAAAAUUUUAAAAUCUUCUUUUUUGCAGUUUUGCAGGAAGGAUGUGAAGGGUGCAAAUGCCACAAUUGCUGAUAUUUUCCCCCAGCAAGCAGAUUUCGGUCCUGAUGCUGAUCUUGAUAGAGCCGUAACACAAGUCAGUGAAGAAUUAAUAGAUGAUUAUCCUACAUCUGAUCCACGGUGGGCUGAAUCUGUACCUGAAGAUGCAGCAAAUUUUACCAACUCAUCCAUCAUUAUUCUUCACCAGCUAGAUAACAAGUCACAAGCACAUUCUAUGUAUAUUGAUUUUCUUCGCCAAGUUGAUCUCUUUGGACAACUGGAUUGUGUUCAAGUAAGAGGCAUGCCGAUGGCAACUCGAUUACUACUUUGUGAACACGCAGAAAAAUUAGCAGCAGCAAUUGCUCUCAAGAACUAUCAUUACAGAUUGCCAGAUCUCGUGACUUGUGCAAUACAGAUUGCUUUGAACAAAAGAGAAGAUGACAUUCCUUCAGGUCUAACACCUGCUGAUGUUUUCUUCAGAGAAGUUUCUCAAGUAGAUACUAUUUUUGAAUGCUUACUGGAAAAGGAAAAACAAGUCUUGAAGGAUACAUCGGUUCAGUCUGAGGAAUGGAGUGAAACAGUUGUUGAUGUAAACAAUAUUAUAAAGGAUAUGCUAAAAGCUGCUAUCCAAGAUCGCCAAUCUAAAAUUCCUUUAUAUAAAAUAAGAGAUCCCACUAAAAUUGAACCUGAGUAUGUACCUUGGACAGCAUCUGUUGGCGUGCGAACAACAAUAGUGCAGCAACACGAAAUCAUUCUGAAGAAGGUUUAUCCACAAGCUAAUAGUAAGCUUCGUAGCACCAUGACAGAACAGCUGGUGGCACUGCUGGAUUGCUUUCUGGAUGGCUAUGUUUCUCAGCUUAAAUCUGUGGACCGUCCUGAACAUCAGGAACGUUAUAACAGUCUCCUGGUAGAAUACGAACAGAAAAGAACGGAAUUAUUGCUACCAUUACUUGUUCUCAAACAAUACCAGCAAGCUGCUGCUCUUGCAGAAAAAUAUUGUGACUUUGAUAUUUUGGUACAAUUAUGUGAACAGACAGAUAACCAAAGCAGAUUACAACGCUACAUGACCCAGUUUGCUGAUCAGAAUUUUUCAGAUUUUCUGUUUCGUUGGUAUUUGGAAAAAGGAAAAAGAGGAAAACUGUUAUCACAGCCAAUUGCUCAGCAUGGCCAGCUGGCUAGCUUCUUACAAGCUCAUGAACAUCUCAGUUGGCUACAUGACAUCAAUAGUAAUGACAUGGAUAAGGCUUACAGAACACUCCACAAUUUAGCAAAUACAGAAACAAGGUACUUUGCGAAGAAGAAAACUCUUCUUGGAUUAAGUAAACUAUCUGUGCUAGCUUCCAAUAUAUCAGAUGUGAUGCUUAAUGAGAAAAUUGAAGAAAUCAUUGAACAAGAAUGUUUUUUACUGCAUCAAGAAACCCUUCCUGAACAGUUGUUGGCAGAGAAAAAGAUGACUCUCAACGAAAUGCCAGUUUUAAGUGCCCCACAGCUCAUUGAGCUAUAUAUAUGUUAUGAGAACCGGAAAGCUAAUGAGUAUGACUUCAAGAAGGCACUGGAUCUGCUGGAAUAUAUUGAUCAGGCCGAGCAAGUGGACAUAAAUUAUCUUAAACUUAAAAUACUUUGUAAAGCUCUCCUGAGAGAUGGCUGGUCCAAUUCAGAAGGCAAAGAUGAUCCAAUUGAAGCAUCUAAAGAUAGUAUAUUUGUGAAAAUACUACAAAAGCUGAUAAAAGAAGGAGUACAACUUAGCGAAUAUCUGCCUGACGUGAACGAUUUGAUGCAGUCAGAUGAACUUGGACAUUUAAAGUACAAUCCUUACUUUGAAUUUGUUCUGAAAGCAAAUUAUGAAUUACAUGUUUUUAGAGAUCAGGCAUGAGAAAAUUUAAAUUUUAGUUAAGACAGCUUCUUUUUUAUACUGUGCAUUGUUUUGCAAUAAAGUUUCAAUUCUAACCAAUAACAUGUCUGAUUCACAAUUAUUAAAAACUGAAGGCAAAUCAAGGUUAUGAAAGAAAGUUGAAGAAAACAUUAAACAUUCUAUAAACAGUAUGUUUAUAAAAAGUUCUAUAAACAAUAUGUUUCUAAACAGUAAUCCAGCUUCUUACUUGUGCUACUGUUUUGUAGUGAAUACCAUUGUUCAUGCAAUGUGAGAAAUGUUGACUUUUCCUCUUACAAUAUACACUUAUAUUCUUAAAUAUAUAGCAAAUUGAAUUCAAGGGCUCACCAUGUAAUGAAGUUCUAUUACAAUCUAAGUAACGACACGAAGGCUAAAAAGUAGUCCUGCAAAUGCUUCUCCUGGAAAUGUCUCUUCUCUACUUGAUGUUAGCUUGGUUUUGGUAGCUUACAAUCCACAACACUUUGCCAUGCUAAUGCAUAAAGAACAGAUGGACUAAAGUAAAUCAACUUAGUUCUUCAAUCUGACAAAUAUCACAGAAUUGUCCCU